AUGGGCAUCAUUGAGAUAGGCUCUCCAGGACAAACAAUUGACGUCCAGUUUGACACUACCUUCAACGGAGUGCUCAUUCGGUCUACCCGUGAGAAUGUCACGGAUAUAGAUGGCAUUCUAGUAUAUAACAGCAGCAACUCUCAGUCAUGGGGUUAUAUUUACAACUCUAUCACUGAGAACACAUAUACACAGACCUUGGAGAAGGAUGCCUAUGCUGUAGCGUUCGCUAACACGGAAACAUUCAAUAUUGGCGGCGUGCUCUAUUCGGAUAUCCCAUUUGGCGAACUUGAACAAUAUUAUCCAAAUACACACGGACCAGCUCUUCCCUUUGGCGGAACUAGUGGGAUCAUAGGCCUCAACUAUAACUCGACGACGCAGUCUUUGCUUCCAAGCUUCAUGUAUGCCAUUCGGGAUCAGCUAAUAGAAUGGAAAUGCGCCCUUGACUCAUCCCGUGAAUGGCGAAAUGGUACUUGGAUGUUUGGGAGUCUGGAAAGCCUAGAUUACGGUGCUGCUAUCGCCUGGGCGGAUCGGAAUAUUAAUCAGCCCGCCUGGAGUUUUAAUAUUUCAGCGAUCUCCGCUGGCAGUCGAACGAAUCCCCCAAUCAGCACCUGGUCCGCCACAGUCUCAACAGCAGAGCAAUCCCUUGUUUGGCCGCAAAAGCUCCUAGACUGGUACUUCUCAGGCAUCGAAUCUACAUGGUCUGCUUUUGAUAACACGUAUCGCUAUCCGUGUAACGCGAGCCUACCCGAUUUCACAUUUGGCAUUGGAAAUGGGACAUUCACCAUUCCUGGUGCUUAUAUGCCGUACCAGCGUAAUCCAACCAGCACUACUUGCAUCUCUAUCAUCACAGGGGACAACUCUACAGAGUCGAGUCAUGAGUACACCUUUGGUUCCUGGUGGGCCCAACUAGGCGUGAUAAUUCUUGACUACGAACAUGGUCAAGUGGGCUUUAUGAACAAGUCGACACCAUUGCCGAAGUUUACCACCGCCGCCCUCGACAUCAUUGCAAUGAACUGA